GCUUGCCAACACAGCCUUACCUGGUAGAAAUACAUACCUGCGGAUGACCAUCCUACCUGUGCGCGUGCCCGAUGGUUGUGUUUGCUACUGCUUUGCGGCGCAUCACCAGCUGUGCCCCGUUCUUCGCAAUAACACACCUAAUUCAGCACACAUGCACAGUACUUGCCAUCGUUGGAUACUUCUCCUUCCCACAAACGGCUAUACAGCAACUUCUUUGGCCGCAGCAGCACUUCGUGAUCAAUUAGGGUUUGAGUGGACAGGCGCGCGCGCGAACUGGAUUGUCCUGGCUGUGCUGGGUCAUAUGCUACCCCAAUCUAUUGGGUACCAGCAUCUCUGUCCAUACAGCCCUCCGGGUACCUUCUUGUGGGCGCGCGUUGCUGUUUGUAAUCUCUGCCCAAUAGCCAGCAGCCAUCUUUAACACAAUCACACCCCCAGCCCGGACUUGAAACUCCAAAUCACCAAAGUUAUCAUCAUUGGAAACCACUCUUUAUUAAUUUAUAUCAUCAUAUUUUCCCAUUCAUUGCUUUGUAAACAAAGAAGAAAGUUGCCAUAUUGUCACUAGAAAUAACUCUGUUAACAGGCAAGGUUGCCACCCUGCCCUAUUAAUCAAAAUAACAUUAAGAUAAUAGGCAAUGUUGCCACCUAGUCUUAAGUUUAUAACAUUUGCAUAUGUUGCUCAAAUAGUAAUGACGCAAAUAAAGAAGGCGAGCUGCGGCUAACAUUAGUCGCCAGCAAGCCCCCAUAGUGUACAGAUGUGCACAAACUU